UAUUUUCUUUUUUUCUUUUCUCUUUUUACCCCUUUGUCGACGUUCCUGAACUUGCUCGCCAGAGGCCGAGGCAGAGACGCUCCUGCAAAAUGGAGCAUUAUGAGAAGGGGAAGGUGAUGGAGGUCGAUGACCCCGAUGGACCCUUCCUUCAUCUGGGGGUCAGAUUUGGUGAGGUCAUCACCAUGAAGGUCAGGAAUGGCAGCAAGAUUAGGAACCUGCUUCAGUUUGCUACAAAGAAAAUGGAGGAGGAUGGGAAUAGGAGCAUAAUCUUCACAGGUACAGGGAUGGCCAUCACAAAGACCGUCACAUGUGUGGAAAUCAUGAAGAGAGAGAUGAAGAACCUCCAUCAAAUUAACAAGGCUUACUUCAGAAGAACAGAGGAAUAUUGGGAACCUAAAGAGGAAGGACUAGACAGAUUGAAGGUGAACAAAGAUGUCCCUGCAUUAGCUGUUCUUCUGUCAAAAGAUCCAAUGGAUGGAAAUGAACUUGGUUACCAAGCACCAGGCUCCUUUGAGACACGAAGAAGAGAUGAGGCAAGGCAAGACAAGAGAAAGAAGAACCAGCAACGACAGCAGGUUGGAAGAGGCGGAGAUGGACAAUCACGGUCGGCUCGUUCUGUCAAUCAAAGACAGGACAGGGAAGGUCAGGGUAGCAUGGCUCAAAGGAAGAGGCAAAAGAAGAGGGGAGAUCAGAAAGAUAAAGGAAGAACUCCCGGUGAAAAGCAAGGCAGUGGUGGAGACAGGACUAAGGAUGGAGGGAAGGAAGAAAAGAAAGAGAACAGGGAGGAUGAAGAAAUGCGAUGAUGGCAUUUUAAAAGCAGUUGUACAUGAUACAAAGCUCCAAUGAUGGAUAGAGGAUGAAAGAAGGAGGGAAGGAUCGGAACAAUAUGGAAAACAAAGAAAUGCAGUGGCGGAACUAGAGAAGUUGAUUUGAGAUACAUCAGUGAUGGAAAUAGGACCAGAGGGAAGGAAGGAAAGGAAUAGUAGAGGGAGAGUGGAGGAUGGACUGAGGAAAUCGAAGCAACUAUGCCCAAGACCAGGUUGAUGAUGGAUUCAUUUUUCUAAGAUGUGCCUGGGUUUUCUUGUUAGAACCUAGCUGCAGUCAGGCUCAGAAAUUGUCAGUAGAAUAAAGCGAAAGAUAAUGAGCCGAAAUAACGUGAAGAACAAGUUGUACAAUGUUUAUAAGAAGUAUGACAAUGUAAACUUUGAUUACAUUUGAUCUUCCAUUCAAAUUUAUUGUUUACAUAAAAUUACACAAAACUGAAUUAUGUUUGAAUUCAGGGGAAAGAACAUCGAAUGACUAUUGUGAGAAAAUAAUAUAUGAUGCACAAACAUCUUUUUUGUAAAGAAGAAAAAAAUGUUUCUUGAUGCAUCAAGCUGGCAGAACUUGUCAAUGUUUGUUUGUGACUGACAUUCCAUUGAAUGUGCUGAAUUUUUAAAUGAAAUGUAUGUGAUCAGCAUUUUCUGACACACUUGUGGGCAACUUCUAAGCCAUUUUGUCCCAUAUGUUACUAACCACAUCUUAGAUUUUAGUAUAUACAUGUAUGAUGAUUGUAUUAAAUUGAUAGCUUUUAACCACUUGGCUGCUAUUGGCUUAAUAAGCGUUCCCACCCCCUGUGCUACUGUACGUGCUACUCGCUAUGACAUCCAUUAAUGGGACUGAAACAUCCCUGCCGGAUAUUUUUUUUAAAAGAGCGCCAGCUACUGUCCAAGACCUGUAUAACGUCAUUGCAGUGCUAAUUACACAGUAGGGCUAGGCCUUAUGCAGUGCUACGGUCUUAUGAAGUGCUACGGUCUUGAAAGUACAAUGCACUAAGCAUGUACAUGGUGUGCACAGGCAUGCGAGGGCGAGAACACGUACAUGUACUUGGUUCGCAGUCGAGUGGUUAAUACUUGGACCCGACCUAAUGCAUGUGGGAAAUACGAUGAUGCAUUCAAUGUCAAUUUAUGUUCACAACAGGAAAAUACUUUGAAAUGUAAGGAGCAUCAAAGUGAUAAAAUAAAAACAUGUACUCAACUACAUUAUAUCUAAAGAUUAUUGGCAUUUGAAAAUUUGCAAAUAAAAUGCAGCAUUCAUGUAGUUCAUUCAGA